CCUGUUGCCUUCCCUGUGAGGGGCCUGAGCCGCGGGGGGAGGGCAGGAAUGGCAGCGCUGUGUGCCCACCCAGGGAGCCUGUUAUGUAACCGAGGCAUAAUGCUAAGUAAAGCCAGGAAGUGAUCAAACCUCUGCAGGUAGAAGCAGCGUAUCCACAAAUCCUUGACCAAAGCGAAACCCACAAAGCCUCUUUCCAGGGUGUCCCAAAUCCCCUGAUUCUUGGCGGGCAGCAGAAAUCUUCCCCACAAAAUGUGGUGUGUUGGAUCCUGCUCAUCACCUGGCUGGCUUUUGAAUGAUGGGGGAUGUGUUGAUCCCAAGCAGUAGGUCAGUGCUGACUGUUGCUUGUGAACAGACUGAAGUUUUGCUUUUUGACCCCAUAUCUUCAAAGCACAUCAAAACUCUCUCUGAAGCUCAUGAGGACUGUGUAAAUAAUAUCAGGUUUCUAGAUAAUCGACUGUUUGCAACUUGUUCUGAUGACACUACAAUAGCACUUUGGGAUCUGAGAAAACUAAACACAAAAGUGUGCACUUUACAUGGUCACACCAGCUGGGUGAAGAACAUUGAGUAUGACACCAAUACCAGACUACUGGUGACAUCUGGGUUUGAUGGAAACGUGAUCAUUUGGGACACCAACAGGUGCACAGAAGAUGGAUGUCCUCACAAGAAGUUUUUUCACACCCGGUUUCUCAUGCGGAUGAGAUUGACACCAGACUGUUCAAAAAUGUUGAUCUCGACCUCCUCUGGAUAUCUCCUGAUUUUGCAUGACCUUGAUUUAAACAAGUCUUUAGAGGUUGGCAGCUAUCCAAUUUUAAGAGCCAGAAGAACUACAUCAAGUUCAGAUAUGACAUCUUCCAGUUCAUCUGGUCCGAGAACUGUUGGUUCACCAUGUCACCAGAAUGAUUCGGGUCCAUUGUCUGAAAAACACAUGUCACGAACCUCACAGAGGGAAGGUGGAUCUCCACGAAAUAGCCUUGAGGUAUUAACACCAGAAGUUCCUGGAGAAAGAGAUCGUGGUAACUGCAUCACAUCACUGCAGCUCCAUCCUAAAGGAUGGGCUACUCUUCUUCGGUGCUCAAGUAACACAGAUGACCAUGAGUGGACCUGUGUCUAUGAAUUCCAAGAGGGAGCCCCAGUGCGUCCUGUCUCACCCCGUUGUUCUCUACGACUGACUCAUUGCAUAGAAGAAGCCAACGUAGGCCGGGGUUAUAUCAAAGAACUCUGUUUCAGCCCUGAUGGCCGAAUGAUUUCCUCCCCACAUGGCUACGGGAUCCGCUUGUUGGGGUUCGACACGCAGUGCAGUGAACUUGUUGACUGUUUGCCCAAAGAAGCUGGUCCCUUGCAGGAAAUCCGUUCUCUGUACUCACACAACGAUGUGGUACUGACGACCAAGUUUUCUCCAACGCACUGUCAGAUUGCCUCAGGGUGCCUUAGUGGACGUGUUUCUUUAUAUCAGCCAAAGUUCUAGGCACAUCUUGCAUCAACAGGAACUUCUCAGACAUUUGUUUUUAUAAUUACUUCAGUUUAGUUGAAGUGUGUUCUUUUUAAAAUCUUGUAAGUUUGGACAAGAUCAUAGUUACUAUGGUCUGUGAACAUACCAGUGAAAUGAGUUCAGUCCAGCACUGUAUACAUCUGGCACUGUAUACACAAGCCAGAUGCCCUGCACCCUGUGUUCAGCCUUCCAUGCAGUCCCCUGCUCCUGCUGAUCCUGUGCCAUUGAUCUCCAGUCUUUCUGGUUGGUUUGCACAGUAGCACUUGGUCUUUCUUUUCAACAUGACUUCUGGUAGGCCACUGCAAAAUGCCUAGGACAGGGGCAGGAAGAACAGUUAACCAAGCAAACCUCCCCUCCCUCUGUUUCCACUGGUACAAUCUUUUCUCAUCACAAAGGAACUGGACUUCCUUGCAUCCACUCAUUCAGCCUUUUUUGCUGCUGUAACUUUUCUCUGCAGUGAAGAGGUAAUGGAACUGUUCUUACACAUACUAGAUUAAUUUUGCAACAGAAGAGAAGGGGGAAGAAAAAAAACCCCCAAAACCUACUUGCAUUCCCAAUAUAAUGAAUUUGGUUCUUGGUGACUGGCUAGAAAAGUGUUGUUACUUUUUCUAAUGCUUUGCUGUAGUUAAAUUUUAGGCUUUUUUCCUUAAUUUGUAUACACUGUGUUUAUUAUCAGAUAGAAAAUUUUCAGUAUGGAGAUGAAGCUGCAUUUCUUCAGUGAAUUCAGUAGGAAAAGAGUGCCGUAAUGCAUUGGAAGCAUAAACAUCUUGCCUUGUAAGCAUUGCAAAAUAGCCUUUAGAAAAGUCUGGCAUAAAGUGGCAAGUUGUGUACCCCAACCACCAAGCUCUCUGUGACCCAUAGUACGGAAAGCUUUUUAUGGUAAUAAAAUCCUUUUUGGCAUUUUGUUCUGAAAAUUAAGAAAUAACAACACUUUUUGCAUUUCCCAUUCUGUUAACUAGGUGAAUUCCCAACUAAUUCACACAGAAGUGCAUAAUAAAAUACUCUUGUAAUGUGCACAGAUCUUAGCCACCUCUUUUAUCCAAAGCAUAGCCCACAGAGGGUACUGUAAUUGUACUAGUAAAGCUGUCUUUAAAGUUACACUGUCAAUUUAACAGAUCAAAGUAUAUAGGUCCAAAGAUCAUUUGCUCAAAUUGGACUCUUCAGUGACAAGGGGCAAUAUUCAUGUGAAUGCUGAAUUUUACUUAUUUGCAAUGUAGUUACCCUUGUAUAGUUGCUUCAAUAGCUUAUCACAAGGGUAUAAUUUUGAAUGCCACUUCUAAUCUGCAUCAAAAAGAUGAUGUCCUCCAGUUGCUCAAAAGCCACUAGUGAGAGUGAGCAGAUGUUUGUAUAACUUUACUCUCUGGGUGGAAAGCGAAUGAGCUUAACUUCAUGUAUAACUCUGAGUGCCCAUUGCGUGAAACUAGGAAUGAAACACCAAGACUUGACACAGUGCAUAGACUAUCAUUUAAAUAACGAUAUUUCCCACAUCUGGAUUGAGACUAGCACAAGAGCUGAAGGAUUUUACAUAAGAGGAAAACAGGAAGAUGACUGCUGUAGGUAACAACGGAUCUUUCAGCCUGAUCUUUUCAAAGUUUAGCUGAAAUACUACCCAUUUCAUCCCCUCCUCCCCCCACCUCUUUAAAAUUUGUUGGUUUAAACGCAUAGGAUUAGGAUUGAUAGGAAGUACAUUUCUUGUCUAAUUUCAGUCUUGAGGGUACUUUAAUUUGCACCACCUGGAAAAACCUGUAAUAUGUUCAUGACCUAAGAAUAAGAUCCUAAUUCGGCCAAAAAAUUCUUGGAGCGCAGUAGGAAAUAUUGCUGGAAAAAAGCUUCAGGGUUCUCCUUUUGGCCUUCAAUAGCCAAAGAAAAUUUUAACAAAAUACACUUACUUUAGGAUGACUCCGUAAGAGAGCCUUCUGCCAAAGGCACCACACAUUCAGAGAAGAAAAAUGAAAUGGGAGGCAACAAUACUGAGCAGGUCAGAGAACUAAAGGCUGGAAAUCUGACAGUGGGCUUGGAUUCCUCUAUGCUUUACAUCAGUAACUUCCUUGACAACCUCUCAUUCUAGGGGUUGGAUGGAACUUGUGUUAUGGGACUGCUGAGACCUAUUUGGAGAACUAAAAAAAAAAAUCAUGAAAAUCUUAUGGUUUGUUGGCAAAAUAUUCAGUAAUAAAAAGCCUAAACUUUGGAUCUUUGCUAUUGGAGGGCAGGGGUGAAGUGAUCUGGUUAAUGACUGCUGCACUGAGGAUUGAUUUCAAGUAGUUGAUCAUGCAGCAUCUGAAAAACAGUUACAGUUUUGUCUUUGUAAAUUUAUUUGUGUAAUUCUUUGCUGUUUCUCUUACUAAAUGGCUCUUUAAAAUUCUCAAUGCAGUAUGCACUUUGAGGAAGCCCUAUGACACUUACUCUAGUUAUACUUUGCUCCAUUAAUUUAAAGUACAGGGAGCAUCCCCUCUUCUCUUCAGAUGAUAACUGAUAUGAAACAAUACUCCUUAGGUUCAACAUGAAAUUUAAGUGAAACAACCAUUUGGGUACUACGAGAGUUCUGUUGUUGUUGUGGUAACUACGACCACAAGUUCAUAAUAGCAUUGGUAGCAGAUUCAAAAAAUUAAGCCAAACGUUGGGGUGUUUUGCCAUCUGAAAUUUAAAAUAGGAAGGGAAUAGAUGUUGGAACAAACUUUCACCUGUUUAAACAAUUUUUACAGGAAGAUAGGAUAGAAAUCAAUCUGAACUGUUUCAGAAAAUGCUUUCUCCCCUCUUUCUUCCUCCUGCCCCCUGCCCCCCAAAAAAACACCACUACAAUGGCCAAAUCCCAUUAGAAAUAAAUAGGACUGAAUAACUAUAUAGAGAAUACAGAGAGAUCCACUUAAUUUGUAUACUCUGUGCUCCUGCAAAAUGACUCAUUCAAAAAGCUAAUUAUUGCAAAUAAUCACUUCCACAUUCCUUCUACUCCUUGCUGCAUGCAUGGUUCAUACUGUUUAAUAAGCAAUCUGCAAAUCUGAACUUCCUAAGAAUUGGAUUUCUUGAACUGUGUAUGAGAUGGCUUACAUGGUUUUUCUUAUCUGUUAUGUCAAGGACUGGAAAUGACAAUACUAAAUACGCUGUGUAUUAGCCUGACUGCCUGAGAAAUACAAGCUAUCCCACAUAGAAGUCAUAGAGACAUAGGGCUGGAAAGGACCUCAAGGUCAUCUAGUCCAACCUCCUGCCUGAGGCAGGGUGCUUAUUUGUAAAGGAACACAAGUUUAUGCAAAGUUUGCAAUGCUUUUAGUUGGGUAGGGCUUUAAUAAAAGAGGCCUAGACAAAAGUCUACAGAGAUCAGUGUUUGAAUUGUAAAACUAUUAAAUUAGGGUUCCUUUCAAGGCUACAGUGAAAUGUUAGGGUUUAGUGUGACAGCCUGACAAGUGGGAUUAAAGUUUAUGCAAACUUGUACAUGCAGCUAAUUUUUGGAAACAGAAUGAAAAGUUGUUGGUCAAAGCAUGUGGAUUUACACCUCCUCCUUCCCUCCCACCGUAUUGAUUAGAAAAAAAAAUACCCCUAGAAAUAAUUAUGUAGGGCACUGGUACCACACCUCUUCAUUUUGUGGACCACAAAAGCUCUUUCCAGGGACCAGCUCUGCUCCAAACAUCCCGAAAUGCUGCUACUUAGCUUGUUAAAUGCUUUGUUGCAUAGGUCAGUUCGGCAACUAUAUAAAAUAGAAUCAUGUGGAAUGGCUCUUGGUAAAUAUUUGGACUUGUAAACACAAUAUUCAUUUCAAAUACAGGAAAGUACCAUGGAAACUCACUGCAGCUUUUGGUUGUAGAUAGUCUUACUAUCUGAAUUCCUUGAAAUAAUAGAGUAUUUGACUUUUUUUUAAAUUAUUCUUUGUCUAUGAAUAUGCACUGAGUACUGCUUUUUUGAAGAAUUCUACCUCAUGACAAUUUUUAAGGUAUUGCUCUGAAACAUUUGACACUAUUUUUUCUGUACAGAGAAUUGUUACUCUAUUAAAUACAUUACAGCUGUCCUACCACAUGUAGGUACUAUUUAAAAUGCAUAGCAAUCCAGAGUGGUCAAAACAGGUCUGCGUGGUCCACUGCUUUGCAAGGCCUGGCCAUUAAGAAUAAGGCCCAUCAGAGGUUGUCCUGCUCUAGGGCUUGGAUCAUAUGUUAAGGGUGCUUUGUAGUGUCUGCUGAAUGGCAUAGAAGCAGAUUCACUUUUAUAUGAAGACAUGUUCCAUCCAUGUAUGCUAUAGGAAUGUGGCUUGAUCUCAUUUGCAAUAAGUUUGAGUUAGAACAAAUAGAUAAUGUUAGUUGUGGUAAUGGAUAACUACUUUUUAACCACCUUUGGAAGUUUUCUGAAAGCUAAUAUAUUUCACUUAUGAAAUAUAAUUGACAGCAUAUGGAAACUUUGUUCAGUAAUGCAGUUAGAUGCUCCCGAUUUCUUGAUGAUAAGAUACCAUGAUUUCUAUGGGAUUUUUUUUGUCUUUCUGAAUCAUGUUGUUUUGCCUUACUGAAUUAACAAAGUGACUUGGUGUGUAAGAUUUGCAUUUUUUUUUAGAUGGAAGAAAGUUUUUACCUUUUGUUAUUUAAAAUAACAGAAGUGUAUAUAAAUCCUAUGUCAUGAUUAACCUUUCCUGACCGCUAUCUAAGGUGCAACACUGUGUAAAAUCUAUCCCUGAUGGAAAAAUGAGUUGAAUUAUCAUAGAUCAACCUUGUAUAACUAGUAUGCUAAGCUAGUGGCUUAAAUCAGUUAUUUCUGUUUACAUUAUAUUUUUCACCAGUCAAGUCCUACAAUUUUAAUUGGACUGUGGAAUAUGCAAUAAUCUUUCUCAAAGCAUGAUUUCAUGCUCAUUAGUUAUUGUUGUAAUUGUUUCAUUGUUGGCAUGAAUGAUCAGCAGAAGCAGCUAUACUGCAUAAUUAAGAGCUCCAUAAGAAUAUCAAUUUUAGAAGUGUUUAUGAAAACCACAGCUAGUGCAUUUUGAAGCCAGUAAGUCUUCUGUAGUUUGUCCAGUGGCAGUACUGUUAAAGUGAAAUACAUUUUUUAAAUAUUCCACUAGAGGUAGUUUUUUUGUUUGUUUGUUUGUUUUUUUUAAACCACCAGAAUACUGUUACCCUUUUGGGUAAGGGAAAAAUGGGGUAAAAAUGAAGUUAGUUAAAAAUGGAGUUUAAACAUGCUUAUACUUCAGCAAAUUUCAGCUGGCAUGUCUGAAAUACUUUUUUUUUCUUUUUUGGAGUUCAGGUUGGGGAAAGGAAAAUUUAGCUUGAAGGAACACAAAUAAUUUAAAGUGCCCAAUUCUGACCUGCUUUACUAUUAAUCUGCUACAUCCUAGACCUGAUUUUGAGAUGUUUAGUUUCGCCAGUAGAUCUUCCUGUACAUCCAACAAUACUGUAGCUAAAUGAUAAGUGGCAAAAAAUAAUUCCUUAAAGAAGUCUCAAAUAGUACAAAUGUAGAAAGAUGUUUUGGUAUUGCAAAGUAAAACUGAAGUCCACAGAUAGAUUCAAGCCCUUCACAGUCGUAAGAUUGUCAAAAAGGAAAGAUCAUCUCUAAACAGUAGAGAACAGAAAUAGCUGACAGUGUUCUUUUAUGUUUUUUUCAGUAACUUGUUUGCUUUGUGUGGAGGAGAAAUCCUAUUUCCUGAUCUUAGCUAAUGGUGCAUUCUCUGCAACAGUGAACAGUUAUUGAUAUUCAGCAAUCUCAAGUGUAAGGCUUUUUAAUACAAGAGCAAAUUGUGCAUGUAGAAUAUUUUGAAAUACUUAAAGGUUUCAUAGUAAAAGGGUGAAGACAAUACAAUACAUAAAGUAUCCGAGCUCUUCUCAAUAUACUGUAUUUACUCCUAUACAGUAACUCUUACUGUUUGUGAAGUUUCUCUUGCUUGCAUAAUAAAUUUAACAUUUAUUACAGCAA